GACAGAGGCCUAUGGGGCAUGGCAAAACUUCAGAACUAUAAAAAUAUAGUAUUGAGUAGGAAGUAAAAUAAACCUGAAGGAAUCAUCCACACUUCAAACUGUACUUGAACAAGUACAGUUUCAAUUACUUGGUUUGACUUUUCAGAUAAAUAAGAACAAACCUGACUGAGUAAUUAUGACACUACAUCAGAAUAAAAACAUUAUUUUGUGAACAUCACAGUGAGUUCUAAGUCCAUAGAGGACAAUCUUCCUGGUGUCCAAUGGAGAGGAAGAAAUUCCAAGUGGUGUCAAGGGUAAUGGUCUCAGGUGACCACAAAAUUCUCAUUGUAUGUUACAGAAAACUCAGCUUCAGACAUAAAGAACAGAGGAGUUUUACCCUACUGUUAUAAGAAACCUCGUAAGUUCAGACAUAGAGUAAAUGCAUCACAGGGAUUCUAAGGGCAAAAUGGCUUAAACACUUAUGCCUAGAUAUUACAUAAAGAACUAUAGAACAUUGUGCAUAAGCAAUGAGUUCCUUAUAUAGCUUAAUGUUAUUUUCUUUUUUAAAAAUUGGAAGUGACUUCUCUUGUCAUAAGGUGGGAAGUUUAUUUUAUAUUUCUACUUAACCAUUAACAUUGUGUUCAGUCCACUAAUAACCAAGUUGCUGUGGGUGUUAAUCAACAGUUAAAAUGUAUUGAAAAUACUAAAAGUACAGUUGGACUGAAGAUAAAUGUUAUUGCCUUUCCAUUCCUGGCACAAUCAGCACAGAGAAAACAGCAAUGAGGAGGUCAGAAAUCUGAAAACUGAGGAUAGGACUGGAAACACUAGACCAGAGCAAAGUGUGCCAAGAGGGAUUGACUUCAUACAACCAACCAAACAGAAGAGCUGGUACAGUGUUACAGGCAACUGUGAGCAGCAGUGCCUGAAACUAAACCACAUACUGUACAGAAAGUCUCACACUCAGCAGAGUGGAUGUUUUAAGAACUCAUGAAAAUGGCCAGAAAACUUAAGCUCUAAUAAGAACUGUGCUGCAAAGCAGCCUUUUCCACCAGUAUAUCAGUGAGAACACAUCCUUGAAAUUUUCCUGAAAGUUCAGGAAUUAAUCUGACAUCAUGAACACAAAUGAGCCAUCUAGGACAGGGGUGGUCUCUCCAUAACAAUUUUGCCUUUGAGAUCUGCAUGAAUGAGAGAUAGUUAUUGAACACCUCCAGCUUCUACUUAUUGUCAUGGAUAGAAAACCAGUAUGAAUUCCAAAAUAGUAAAUUCAUUUAUUAGGUCUAUUCAAUGACAUAAUUGUUAGCCAAGCAGCUGCCGCUUUUGGGAAUCACCUCUGAAGACAGUAUUACUUUUCAAGUAUGUAUGGAAAUCAUUCAAGAAGAAUUUCUUAUUUCUUAAAUUCACAUUGAUUCUCAGUCAACCUCAUUGGGAACUUUUGUAUGCCAGUCUAUAAUUAGAUCACACAUAAACAUUGUACACCUGCUACCCUCAUACUCUGGUAAGUGAGAAAAUAAGCAUUUUUCACAUUGCCUUCUUUCAUGCAGAUACUGACUACAGAGGAGGGCAAUAAAGAAGUGAUAAAUAAGGGUUGUUCCCAGGAUAGAGUUAGCUAUACUUUAUGACAGUUAUACAGAUUCUCUACUAGAAUCUUUCUCAUUCCUCUGAAUCCUGACCUUGAAUUCAUCCUAGUACAUUUAAUUCUUAUUGCUCAGGAUCACUCAUGGACAUUGUCUUGUCAUUGCCCAGGAAUCUUUAAUUAAAGUCCAGAUGAUAUCAGUGCUUUUUAUAAUCUUACCAUAGUCUUGACCUCAAGGAUAUCUGCCUGCAUCUGUGGGAGAGUGACUGAGCCCACUACAUGAUGGGCAACCGUACCACAGUGAGCACAUUCCUGCUGUGGGGAUUUUCCAGUUUCUCUGACCUGCAGGGUCUCCUCUUUGUGAUGAUUUUCUUCUCCCAUGUGACCAUAGUAACUGCAAAUGUGUCCAUAAUGAUGGCCAUCAAGCUCAGCCACAACCUUCACACCCCGAUGUACUUUUUCCUCUCUGGCUUGUCCUUUUCAGAAACCUGUACCACUAUGGUAGUCAUCCCCCGAAUGCUAGUGGACUUGCUAUCAGACAGCAAGAUCAUUUCCCUUCCUGAGUGUGCCACACAGAUGUUCUUCUUCUUUGGAUUUGCGGGCAAUAACUGCUUCAUCAUGGCUGCCAUGUCCUAUGACCGUUACACUGCCAUUCACAACCCGCUGCACUACCCCAUCCUCAUGACCCACAAAACUUGCCUUCAGCUCAUGAUGGCCUCUUCUGUCACUGGGAUUGUGGUGUCUCUGUGCAUUGUCCUCAUAGUAUUCAACUUGUCUUUUUGUGACUCCAGCAUUAUCCAGCACUUUUUCUGUGACAUCACACCUACAGUCUCCCUUGCCUGUGAUUAUACUUUGUUUCAGAAAGUGAUCCUUUUUGCACUCACUUCAUUUGUGUUAGUGGGCACCUUCAUUUUAAUUAUGAUUUCCUAUGUUUUCAUUGUGUUCACAGUUGUGAAGAUGCCCUCUGCAAGGGGGAGAUAUAAGGCCUUUUCUACUUGCUCUUCCCACCUCACUGUAGUAUGCAUACACUAUGGGUUUGCUGGCUUUGUCUAUUUGAGACCCAAGGAGAGUGAUUCAUUUUGUGAAGAUAUGCUGAUGGCUGUGACAUAUACAGUGCUGACUCCUCUGCUUAAUCCCAUAGUUUACAGCCUAAGAAACAAAGAAAUGCAAAUAGCUCUAAGGAAAGUACUAGACAAUGUCAGUAGGUUUUUCUCUCAGAUGGUAAGUAAAAGAGCCUUGGACACUUCUUAGAACACUUACAGAGCAUGCCUUUACCAGUAUGGCUCAGUGGCUGGGCAUUUUCCCCCAAAGUAGAAAGUUGCCUGUUUUAUUCCCAGUCAGGGUACAUGC